GCCUCAUUUUUGUCCCUCCGCACUUUCCGUCCACUUACAAGCAUGGCGGUAGAUAAGUUGUGACAACUGUCCUGUGGUGUAAACAACUACAGUUUUAUCAAUUGGGCACAUAUUUGACCUGAAGAUUGGAUUCAUCGGACCCUAUUAUCACAUUACGAAUCGGAUCAUCAUGCCUUCCGCCUGUGACCCUGUGAUUGAAGAUAUUGAGGACAUGGUGUCGUCGGCGGACCCCACUCCCCAUGAAAGACAGUCUGCUAGAAAGAACAUUAUCCCAAGGGCCAAGAAGAAGAAAGAACUCAACAAUGAAGAGCUCCAAGCAGACAGUGUAAUUCCUGGCAUGCAAAAAAUCUGGAUGAAAACAUGGGGCUGCAGUCAUAACAACUCGGAUGGAGAAUACAUGGCGGGACAACUCGCUGCCAGCGGCUACAAGAUGACCGAUAACCCAACAGAGGCAGACCUUUGGCUGCUCAACAGCUGCACAGUGAAAAACCCGGCAGAGGACCACUUCAGGAACUCGAUCAAGAAAGCUCAAGAACAGGACAAAAAAGUGGUUGUUGCUGGAUGUGUUCCCCAAGCUCAGCCACGAAUGGAUUACCUCAAAGGCCUCAGCAUCAUCGGGGUCCAACAGAUUGAUCGAGUGGUGGAAGUAGUGGACGAGGCAGUUAAAGGUCAUUCAGUCCGUCUGCUGGGUCAGAAAAAAGAAGGAGGCCGGAGACUCGGAGGAGCUCGACUGGACCUGCCUAAGAUCAGAAAAAACCCGCUCAUUGAAAUCAUCUCCAUUAACACGGGGUGUCUGAACGCGUGCACAUACUGCAAGACUAAACACGCUCGAGGAGAUCUGGCCAGCUAUCCCAUAGAGGAGCUUGUGGAGAGAGCGAGGCAGUCUUUUCAAGAGGGUGUGUGUGAGAUCUGGUUGACCAGUGAGGAUACAGGAGCUUACGGCAGAGACAUAGGAACAGAUCUCCCCACGUUACUCUGGAGGCUGGUGGAGCAGAUUCCUGAUGGAGCAAUGCUGAGGCUGGGAAUGACCAACCCACCUUACAUCCUGGAACAUCUCGAGGAGAUGGCAAAGAUUUUGAAUCAUCCGCGAGUCUACGGCUUCCUCCAUGUUCCCGUGCAGUCGGCCUCCGACAGCGUCCUUAUGGACAUGAAGAGGGAAUACUGCAUAGAUGACUUCAAAAGAGUUGUGGACUUCCUCAAAGACAGAGUACCCGGCGUAACGAUUGCCACAGAUAUAAUCUGUGGUUUUCCUGGUGAGACAGAGGAGGACUUCCAAGAAACACUAGAGUUGGUGAAACUCUAUCGAUUUCCCAGCCUCUUCAUCAAUCAGUUCUAUCCCAGACCUGGAACACCUGCUGCAAAGAUGGAGCAGGUGCCAGCACAAGUGAAGAAGCAAAGGACAAGAGAGCUCUCUCAACUAUUUCACUCCUAUAACCCGUACGACCAUAAGGUCGGAGAGAGGCAGCGUGUGCUGGUGACGGAGGAGUCCUUCGACGCUCAGUACUACGUCGCCCACAACAAGUUCUAUGAGCAGGUGCUGGUACCUAAGAAAGUGGAAUUCAAAGGAAAGAUGAUCGAGGUGGAGAUUUAUGAAGCAGGAAAACACUUCAUGAAAGGCCGACCGGUUGAAGACAGCAAGCCGUUUAAUCCCUCCAUUGCUGCACCCCUCCAGAAAGGAGAAGUGUCCGGUCUGAUGCAGGAGCACUCGAUCCACACCGCCGGCGGUUCUUCCUCCAUCCUGAUUGGCUGGUUCAGCGUGGACAGAGAGGCGCUGAAGAAGCUGGGGAUUGGGCUCGCCGUGGCGGCGGCUAUUUUAGCCUUCGUUGUCGAGAAGUUGUACUGAGUUCUUCCUCCAACGAGACGUCGACUUUGUGAAAGAUAGUUUGUAUCUUCACAGAGAAAUAACUGUUUUGAUUAAAAUUGUCGAUAACAUUUUUAGGCUUUUCGUCAAAAUCUGCUGCAAACUGUCGGAUUUUCUCUGAAAGCUGCACUCUUUAAAAGUGUUUGUUUUGUACAUUUGUAGUGCUGCUCUCAGAGAAGCUAAACAAAACUCAACACAUUGAGAGGUUUUGAAGGUUGAAACUGUUGUGCAGCUAAAGAAUGCAUCCUUAUUUUAUUUUAUUACAUUGCAUUCAGUCGUUUCGACCUUUCUUUCUCGAGCCUUUAUUUUUGAGAAGGACACACACAGAAUCUUUUUAGAGUUUCUAUUAUCAAUGUUGUUUUAUUGUGUUUGUUGCAUGAUGCAAUAAAGAUGAAAGAAUUCUG